AUGAAGAAAAUUGUUUUGAGGCUGGUAACCGUCGUCGUUGGGGUGCUUCUUAUCAUUUGCAUUUUAGGUAGUUUUGUCGCGUUUUCCUUUGCUGUUCCUCACUAUACAUACAACAAAGACACCGGACUUUCUUUUGAUGGCGAGAAGAAAGAGGGUGUUUCUUGCGACUCCAAAUCCGCCAAGGCCUUUCGUUUGAUUGUGGACAAAUUUACAUAUCAAUGCGGGUAUCACACAACCACAGAUGUUUUUGGGUACCUAUUUUACAUCACAAGUUUGGCAAUGUCAGUCUGUGCUGUCGUCUUUUACUUCUUCCAAAAGAAGAGAUUUUUCUACCCGGGAGUGGCUAUGGCUCUCCUCACCGUUGUUAUGCUAAUCGCCACCGUUUAUAUGACUUCAGUCGAUACACACGCAGGGUCAAAAGAUUGUUCUGUGUUUAAAGCUGCUUUUAAGAGUGAGAAUGUGAAAUGCGAAAAGUGGGUCUUUGUUUUACCAGCAGUGACUACAUCAAUUGCUGCUGUCUUUGCUCUUGCGAUGCCACCAUUAAUGAUGGUAACAAGAUGUUCCAAAGACGAUAGUGCUAUUGGUGAUGAAAGUAUAUUGGUGAAAGAAAAGAAACCAGCCACUAAAAAGGAUACGAAGAAAGUUGAAAACAAGAAGAACAAUGAUUUUGAUUUUGGGAGUCGGGAACAGUACCAAUAUCUCACACCGAAAGAAACAUCGUCAGCACAAGAACAGAAACAACAAACACCACCACCUCCCACUGAACAUCAUGAUUCGGACUUUAUCGACUUUUCAGCAAUGAAGCACGACUAA